UGUGCUAUAGCAGACCAGCUGUAGAGCGAGGAGGUUCGUCAAGAACAGGAGUUAAGCCUCGUAGUUGAGUGCAUACUUUAAGAAAUCUUUUUUACAGGUCGGCAGCCAGGACGCAUUCUCCUCCACCAGCAAACUUCAAGCACAACAACACGACCAACCACGCGCUGCCACCACCUUCAACUUCUUCUAGAUGCAAAUCGCCCGACAUUUGCCUCCGCUUGGUGCUGUGUUGCGAUACUAUGGCCUCUCAGGCAGUUUCAAGACAGUCCUUCAUUCUACCAAAGCUCAAACACAAAUUCAAAUCUGAACCAGAGACGGAUCGCUUCGCAUUUUAUGAUGUCAAGUUCUAUCCGUAUUCGCGACCUCCAAUUGAGGAGCCUGUGUUCGCGGUCGUCAGCCAAAGAAAGGUAUACAUUGGUCGUCUGUCCGCUCAGAGCAAUGCCAGCAUGACCAUGUUGCACGAGUUGGUGGAUCAACAGGAAACAGAUGAUCCCAACUCCCCUGGUCUGAACUCAUGUUCAUGGUGCUACAUUGACCAACAGAGACCUCUUCUGGCGGUGGCAGGAGGAUCCGGUCAAUUGAAAGUCAUCGAUGCGGUCGAGGGAGACCUGUUCACGACAUUGGUCGGCCACGGUCAUGGAACCAUCAAUGACAUUGCCACUCAUCCGCGUUACCCAUGGAUUGUCGCGACCGCUUCGAUGGAUAAGAGCCUUCGAAUAUGGGAUCUACGACGGCAUGCAAACCGCUACGAAUCAUCGACCAUCAUCAUAUGUGGUCAAGCAACAGGACACUGUGAAGGUGUAUUGUGUGUAUCCUGGCAUGCCAGUGGCCGCUAUCUGGUCACAGGCGGUCACGAUCAGAGAAUAUGUGUCUGGACGAUACCUGACCUAGAUGAUAAAUCAAGCUUUUGGCAACAUAUUUCUCCAGAGCACAGAAAGCGAAGCUCCGAUGAUGUUUUCACGAUAUAUUAUCCUCACUUUGUCAGCUCAGCAGUGCAUUCCAACUUUGUGGAUUGUGCAAAAUUCUUUGGUGAUUUGAUCAUAUCAAAAGCCGCAAACGAGAACAAGCUUGUGCUUUGGAAAGUGACCGGGUUUGAUUCUCGACUUCCUCCUCCCGACUCUACAACCGCACCCAAGGUCGAAGAAUACCUCGACACACGAAAUGGUUUCAUGCGAUCCAUCAUCACCAGAGCUGAUGGAGUGGCCAAUGUGGAUGUGGCGAAAGAGCUUGAGGACCAGCCUCUAUACGAGAGGCUGUUGGAAUUCGAGACCCCACGAAUCGAACAGUUCUAUCUUCGGUUUGGCCUCUCAAUGCCGUCGGCAGCCUAUCCAGAUCUCCACCCAGUCCUAGCGUUUGCUAAUGCGCACUCCGAAUUGCGCUUCUGGGACCUGGAGCGACUGGCCCUCGGACAUGCUGGAAGCCUCGAGGAUGGUAAAAAUGUACAACCAACGAAAAGGAAACAGAAAGGGAUUGCACGCACUAUCAAGCCGCAGGACCGGCUAAAACGUACCAGCAGCACUCCGAACCUGUACAAAGAAGAGUCGCCAGUCUCAUUGGACUCAACCCCAAGUUCUGGGUUGUGGCCCAGGCAGAGCUCGACUGAAGCAACUAGCGAAACAUCAUAUGCGGUAGUCACUCCUCAAUUUCUUCGAGACCGCGAUCGAUACCCCAUCCACAACGCGCAUGAGCCCCUCAAGCCUCACGCCAAAGUCUCACUGGUCGAGUUGCAAUUUAAGAACGUUGCAUACUUCAAUGCCAGAGCUGCUGACUGGAGCCCUUGUGGCAGGUGGUGUAUAGUGGCCGGUGAGUCCGCAAGAGUGUCUUCUACAGGAGUUGAAGGUAUUGGGGGGUUUGCGGUGCUAUAUCGAUGAGUCCAUGGUUUCUAAGCCGGAAAAUCCCACGCUGCAGCAAGAGAUUUAGAGAGAAAGUUUUGACGCCGCUGAUGACAGAAGGGCUCGGGGGCUUUUAGUUAAAGAGUACCACAGUAUCGGGUACCUGCAGAUUAUAUGGACCUUGUGGGGAGUUUUGUGUGUUCCCAAUGUCCCUAACAAGCCAGCCCCUCCUUAAAC